UGUCUCUCUGUUUAAGUCACUCGAGGGGUGACCGAGGCAGAUAUCACACUGCAAUCAGAGACCGAACCGGAGAUCCAUCUUGAUCAUGUGGAGUACGUUUUUGCUGUUGGCGGGGCUCGUACACUUCUCUAUCGCACAGACCGACAUCACCUGGCUUAACUACCUACGCAAUCGAGGCUACAGCUACAGACAGCACAGGCCAAACCAUGACACCUCCUACGCUUCCCUUCAUGCACAAGAUGACUCCGAAGCACUAGACUGCCCCCUGGAGUGCGAGUGCCCUCCUGCCUACCCUAAUGCCAUGUACUGCCACAGCCGCAACCUUCAGCACGUGCCCUUUGUGCCCUCGCGCAUGAAGUACGUGUACCUCCAAAACAACCGCAUUUCGGGGAUCACUGACGGGGUGUUUGACAAUGCCACCGAGCUCGUCUGGAUCAUCCUGCAUAUGAACCAACUGAGAUCUGACAAGAUUAGCAACAAGGUUUUUAUCAAGCUGUCCAAACUGGAGCGUUUGUUCUUACAGCACAACAAACUUGAACACAUCCCAGAAGGUCUUCCUCAGUCCCUUCAGGACCUGCGCUUGGACCACAACACUAUCGCAUCUGUGCCUCCUGGGUCCUUGCGUGGCAUGAACAAUUUGACAUCUCUGCGUCUCAGUUCUAACAACAUUCAGGAUGUCGGUGACGCCGUAGAGCCACUGGUGUCACUCAGCUUUCUGGAUUUGCGUGGAAAUCAGCUUUCGAUGGUUCCCGAGCGUCUUCCACCCAAGCUGAGUCAGCUGUACCUCGACCACAACCACAUCUCUUCCGUCCCCGUAGACUUACUAAAGAAGCGGCCUGAGCUGCACUUUAUGCGCAUCUCGCACAAUCGUCUCACGGACGCCGGAAUCCCACACAACGCUUUUAAUGUGAGCACGCUCGUAGAGCUGGACCUGUCCCACAACAAGCUGGAGAAGAUUCCGGUCAUCAGUACAAGUCUGCAGAACCUGUACCUUCAUGCCAACCGCAUCAAAGAGUUCACGGUCAGCAGUUUCUGUCGAGUUAUAAAUGCGGCCAGCUAUUCCAACCUGCGCGUUUUGCGGCUCGAGGCGAACAAGAUCAACCCUCAGGAUGUGCCCCCUGAAGCUCUGCUCUGCCUGCGCAAAGCCACAAGCAUCAACUUGUAGGCAUGAAAUAAACCAACACCAUGCUGACAUCAUGCAGGCAAUGUGACUAAACUGUAAAACUCCAUCUUACUUUAAGAAAAAGGCUAAUACAUUUAUAGUUAUGCAAAUGGCAUAGAUAUACCUUGUGUAAAGUACUGACAAGUAAUGCAUGAUUAUAAACUCUGUAUGCAUACAUCUUUGAAUAUAUUUGAGGGGAAAAAAUUAUAUACACACUCAUGGGAAGUCAUAUUUGAACACGUUUUAACAUGUGGACAAGGUAGUCAUGUGAACUACCAUAGAGUGCUCAACUCUGACAUACUUGGUUUCUUUUCUUGCUUAACAAAUUUUCGUGUUCAAGGAAGUGAGACCUGCGUCACACUGGGAUGAUGCAAUGUAAUGCCGUUUUUUCAAAUAGCACCAGUGAGUUGUAAAGCACACCGUACUGUGUUCAAAAGACUGAAUAAUUCUUGAAUAAACAAUUU